AACCAAUUUGCCUACCUAAACCAUCCAGGUAAAUUCGGAUCCUAAAACGGGUCGGUUCAAGCGGCCAAAUAAAUUUCAUUUGGAUUCCGCACUGAAAAUUCUUCAGAUUCGAAAAGGGUUGUCGGCGGGGAGAUUUUCCGGGAAACCCUUGACGGACGAUUGAUAUAUGUAAAGGUGGUGUUGGAUAGUUCGGGUAUUCACUUUGACCCGUUUAUGGAACACUGGAGUAUCAGUUAGCAGAGUAGAGGAGCUGAUUGUUGAGUGUUUUGGUCAUACUUUGAUUUCGCCCAAUGAGUGGUAAAUGUUUUGUUUUUGUCACUGCAGUUCCCAAAAGCUAAUGCAAAAGAUUGGCAAUAGUUUACCAGAAGAAGAGCAGCCGGUAGAGAUGGUAGACAGACGGGAAGAUCAUCUGGCAGAGACAGCAGCCAGACGGGAAAAGCAGCCGGCAGGGAUGGCAAGCAGACAAGGGCAAGGGGAGCCAAGACCGGUGGAUAUCCCGGAGAGAACCCCUCACUUCUUCAAGAUUAUCCUGUCUCCACAUGCCUCUAAAUUACACAUCCCUGAUGAAUUUGUAACCGAGCAUGGCGCUAAUCUGGGGGAUAUUGUGCUGCUUGAGGUCCCAAAUGGCGUGGUAUGGAAAGUAAGACUGCUAAACUCUAGUGGCAUGGUAUGGUUAAAUGAAGGCUGGAACAAAUUCAAGGAGUACUAUUCAAUUGGUUGUGGUUACUUUUUACUCUUCAGAUACAAAGGAAAUUCCCAGUUCUGUGUGUUUAUAUUUGAUUUAAGUGCUUCUGAGAUUGAAUAUCCUCCUGGCCCAAAUGAAGAUAUGACACCAGAAAAUCGAUCUGUUCUGUGCGUGCGACUAGAGGAAAACGGGAUAAACUUACCCCCACCCGGAGAGCCACCAAAGGAGAAGAGGAUAAACUUAACCCCACCUAAUGAUCCACCAGAGGAAGAUGUGAUAUACUUACCUCCACCUGGUAUUUACACCAUGGAGGAGUUAUCAUUGAUAUCCAUGCCAUCACGGCCAAAGGUAUAAUAGAUAUAUUUAGGGCUAGUUUUUCUCUUACUUUCAGAGCUGCACAAUGUAUUUUACGAUUUAAGUUAUGUAUCCUAGGAAUGUAAAUAUCUUUUUUAUACAAUAAAUGAAUUCAGCACCAAGUUAGUGACCA